GACGGUAUUUCCGUUUGAGCAAGGACCUAAAAGGCAUUCGUCGCGUUUCUAAAUAUGCACACUAUACCAUGACUGUUUAAUUUUUACGUGGAUACACACACAUAUUUAUCCCGAAAUUAAAUCGGACGUCGCAAAGAUAACGUGAUGAUAUGUGGGUAAAGGAAUACAACUAAUCAAAAAGUGUCUGCGACUGAUUUAGUCAGAAGUCAGCUCUGUAAAACACAUCAGAAUUGGGUUUAUAUUCUAGACAUGAAGAGGAGGACUAGAGCCAUAAUGGGAACUUCAUACAGCGUCAACUCACCUUCGCCGAUACGGAGUUCUGGUGAACCUGUCAUCCCUCUUCCUUUGGACAUAUUGGAGGAAAUCUUCCUAAAUCUGCCUCCCCAACACGUGGUGUGUGUGUGUCGAUUAGUGUGCCGCCAGUGGAAAGAUGUGGCCGACAGCGAGUCUUUCUGGAGAGAAAGAUGUAGAAGAGAGGGAUAUCAUCUCCAUGAUCUUUCCAAAGUACCCAGCAACUGGAGGUUGUUUUACUUCUUAUGCAAGAAGAGGAGAAAUCUCAUAAAGAAUCCAAGAGCAGAAGAUGAAUUUCGGGGAUGGAGAAUCCUGGAUGAGGGUGGGGAUCAGUGGAAAAUAGAGGGAACAAUGGUGCAACAUUCAAAUCCAGCAGUAAAGAAAAACUAUGUGACCUCCUAUGGACUCUGCAGAAAACAGCAGUUGAUCAAUUUGAGGGAAGAAGGUUACAGCCCAUCAUUUAUGGAUGAGUUCCAGCCACACAUCCGGAUAUCUGACUGGUAUGCACCCCGCUGGGAUUGUGGAAGCAUCUAUGAGAUUUGUGUGCAGUUACUAAAUGACGAGCAAGAUGUUCUAAAGGAAUUUAGUCCUGAGCCCAUUUCCUUUCCUCAGUGGAAUGAUCAGCAGUGGAAUCAAAUGGUGCAUGUCUUCAAGAACUAUGGGCCAGGAGUGAGAUAUGUCCGUUUUAUUCAUGGUGGCAAAGAUACACAGUUCUGGGCUGGAUGGUAUGGCAUUCGUGUAACAGAAAGCUGUGUUGAAGUUUGUCCAGCAUUGGACAACUAGCUUAUUGACAUAACUGUGUUUGGAAGACAGCUCUGGAUAUCUUUGAGUACUUGAGUUAGGAAAAAUAUUUACCUUAUGGCCUUCUAAGCAAUUUUUCCUCAUUCUGUAAUGUUCUCACAAAAAACAUAAGUCAGGAAGGUUUUUAUUCUUAUAUUAUUUCCAGAUGCCAAAUGUUUAAUUAUUCUGUUAAAUCUCCCCUACACAUGCCUCAGAAUAUGUUUAAAUUGUACAAAGACGCUUUGUUAGGCUCAUAGUGAGUUAUUUUUUUAUGAUUUGGAUGUAAAUCAGUUAAGCUUUGCUUUACUUGUUUGUAGGCUACUCUAGAACUAGACACACUGCCGUACUGCUGAACUAUGUCAACUUACUUAAUCGAAAGUUCAUUAGUGAAUUAAACAGUCCUGCCUAACUUACUAAGACAAUCAAUGCAAUAUAAAUAGUUGGAAUUUCUUUAUGACUCUUUUAUGGUAUGUAUCUUACAUGUUUUGGAAGACAAAGCCACUACCUUAAUUUCUCUUCUAGACUAAUUUGCACAUUUAAUUUUUACCGAUUGUUUUGUCUUAAAUGCAUUAAUCUGCUGCUACUUACAUGUUAGUUGAAUGUUAAGAUGCCUCCUAUGUAUGCGGUGUAAUGAAUUAAGAAUAACCUCAAACUUUGCACUUUAUGUACAUGCAUAUUCAUGGUUUGCAAAAAAACCAGCCUCAUUUUAUGCAGCCUAUCCCUUUAAAAAAAUACUUUAAAUACUUAAAAAUUUGGCUGUAAUUUGAAAUGAUAUAUUUAUUGUAAACAUAUUUCUGAUGUGAUGAAUAUUUUUACCACGUCCUUGUAAAAAGUGGACCAUAGUAGGGUAAGAUGUCUAAAAUGUUUAAAGUUAUUAUUUUUUAAACCUAUAUGUAUGUAUAGUGUUCAUAAUUACAUUUUUCGUGGCAACACUGCAUGACAAAUAUGAGCAAGCAGAGUGUUGAUAAAAGCUUCCUGUUCAAUAAAUGUUUUUGGCACAUUGA